UGUUCUCUCGGGGUCGGUCCGGCCUUGCCCCGCUCAGACUCGGGUGGAGCCUCCGGGGGGUGGGGGAGGGGGUGGUUGGAGGCGGGUGGCGUCGGCCUGACGGGCUUCAGGAGGGAUUUGCUCUCCUGACCCCUCGAGUCGGGACCGCGACUCGGCCGCCUUCAGAGAUGAAAACCUCAUCAGCUCCCGGGGGCAGCCCGUUCGGGUUUUGGACCCUAAGGAAUCCCUUUCUUUUCUCGACCUGAAGUCCCCCCUUCCCUGAACUUGCACGCCUGGGGCCUGCCUCCGCCCCCCAGUUGGACCCCCAGCAUGUUCUCAGCCCUCUUCCUCGUUGGUCCACUCUGUGAAUGUUUGCACCGAUCCUGUGCCAGGCCGGAGUCCUGGCAGGAAAACAUUUCCCUGAAAGAGCUCCAGAGCCGAGGUGUCUGUUUGCUGAAGCUACAGGUGUCCAGCCAGCGGACCGGGCUGAACGGACGGCUGCUGGUCACCUUCGAGCCCCGGAGAUCUGUGUCGGCAGGAGUGCUUCCCAGUAACAGCUUUACUUCCGGUGAUAUAGUGGGUCUGUAUGAUGAAGGCGGUCAGCUGGCCACAGGAAUCCUGACCCAGAUCACCCAGAAAUCGGUCACGGUGGCCUUGGACGAAUCCCAUGGUUUCCAGCUGAGCUUGGACCAGGAGAAUUCUUACCGGCUGUUAAAACUUGCCAAUGACGUCACUUACAAGCGACUGAAAAAAGCUCUAAUCACCCUAAAGAAGUAUCAUUCUGGGCCCGCGUUUCCCCUCAUCGAGGUCCUCUUUGGCGACUCCACUCCUAGUCCCACCAGCGAACUACGGCCACCGGUUUUCUACAAUGACUCCCUGGACGCCUCCCAGAAGGAAGCGGUUUUGUUUGCGCUGUCCCAGAAGGAACUCGCCAUCAUCCACGGGCCUCCGGGCACUGGGAAAACCACCACCGUGAUUGAAAUCAUCCUUCAAGCUGUGACACAGGGCUGCAAGGUCCUAUGCUGCGCGCCCUCUAACGUCGCCGUGGACAACCUGGUGGAGCGUCUGGCACGGUGGAAGCGAAGGAUCCUGCGUCUCGGGCACCCCGCCCGGAUCCUGGGGUCCAUCCAGCAGCACUCCCUGGACGCGGUCCUGGCGCGCAGCGACAACGCCCAGGUCAUUGCAGACAUCAGGAAGGACAUCGACCAGGCCUUCGUGAAAACCAAAAAGACCCAGGAUAAGAGAGAGAAAAGUAACUUUCGAAAUGAGAUCAAGCUGUUAAGGAAAGAGCUGAAGGAGAGGGAAGAAGCAGCGACGCUGGAGAGCCUCAGAGCGGCGGAUGUGGUCCUGGCCACGAACACAGGUGCUUCUUCCGACGGCCCCCUGAAGUUGUUGCCUGAAGGGCAUUUCGAUGUGGCGGUCAUCGACGAGUGUUCCCAGGCCCUGGAAGCCAGCUGCUGGAUUCCGCUGCUGAGGGCCAGGAGGUGCAUCCUGGCUGGAGACCACAAACAGCUGCCUCCCACCACGGUCUCGCACAAGGCCGCGCGGGCCGGGCUGUCGCUCAGCCUGAUGGAGCGCCUGGCCCAGGAGCAUGGCGCUGGGCUGGUGCGGACGCUGACCGUGCAGUACCGGAUGCACCACGCCAUCAUGCAGUGGGCCUCGGACGCCCUGUACCACGGGCAGCUCACGGCGCACCCUUCUGUGGCUGGCCACCUCCUGCAGGAUCUCCCGGGAGUGGCUGCCACAGAGGACACGGGUGUUCCCCUGCUGCUCGUGGACACUGCCGGCUGCGGGCUGUUUGAACUGGAAGAGGAGGAUGAGCAGUCUAAAGGGAACCCCGGUGAAGUGCUCCUUGUCAGUCUGCACAUCCAGGCUCUGCUGGCUGCUGGUGUACAAGCGAGUGACAUUGCCGUCAUCACGCCGUACAACCUGCAGGUGGACUUGCUCAGAAAGAGCCUCUCUCACAGGCACCCCAAGCUGGAAAUAAAGUCAGUCGAUGGCUUCCAAGGUCGCGAGAAGGAGGCGGUGGUACUGUCCUUCGUCAGAUCCAAUAGGAAAGGUGAAGUUGGUUUCCUUGCCGAGGACCGGAGGAUCAACGUCGCCGUCACCCGUGCUCGGCGCCAUGUGGCGGUUGUCUGUGAUUCUCACACUGUCAACAACCACGCCUUCUUAAAGACCCUGGUGGAUUAUUUCACAGAGCAUGGGGAGGUGCGCACAGCCUUUGAGUAUCUUGACGACAUCGUCCCUGAAAACUAUUCCCACGAGAGUUCCCAGAGUCGUGACCGAGCUGGUGCAAAACCUCGAGGCUCUUCCACAAGUGCCAGGAAACCUGGAAGCAGGAAGCAGGAGGGAGCCCGGGGGCCCAGAGCGGCUGCCAGGCUGGCCCAGAAGACGCCCCGCGGGGAGCCCCAUGCUCAGCCCAGCCUCAACGGAGGCAGCCCAGCGGGAGCGGAGAGCAGAGACGGCACAGCCCACUUCCGGGCUGUCAUAGCAGAGUUUGUGGCGAGUGAGCAGACGCGGCUGGAGUUUCCUGCUUCCCUGAACUCACAUGACAGGAUGCGCGUCCACCAGAUUGCCGAGGAGCACGGGCUGAGGCAUGACAGCGCCGGGGAAGGGAGAGAGCGGUACAUCACUGUGAGCAAGAGGGAGCCGCCGGCCCCGCCAGCGCCACUGCCCCCGCCGGCCCCGCCAGUGCCACCGGCCCCGCCCCCUCCGUCCUGUCCCGAGUCCCCCGUCAGGGAGCCCUGCGGCCCGGACCAGCUGGACCUGAAGGCCCUGCACCUGGAGAGACUGCAGAGGGGGAGGGGCGCGCAGGAGCAGCGAGCCGAGGAGAGCCAGCAGGCCGCGGGCUCCGGGCUGCGGAAGGUGCCAGAAAAGAAAAAGAAAAAAGAAGCCAAAGGACCUGCGGCCAUAGAUCUGCCCGCUGAGGAGGACCUGGACGCCCUGGUCUCGGCUGCCAUUAAAGCCGAUAACACCUGUGGCUUUUCCAAGUGCACAGCCAGCGUCGUGACUCUGGGCCAGCUCUGCCAGCACUGUGGCCACCGCUACUGCCUCAGCCACCACCUGCCUGAGAUCCAUGGCUGCGGGGAGAGGGCGCGCGCCCAUGCCCGGCAGAGAAUCAGCCGGGAAGGAGUCCUGUAUGCCGGCAGCGGGACCAAGGACCGGUCCCUGGACCCAGCCAAGAGGGCCCAGCUCCAGAGGAGGCUGGGGAAGAAACUGGACGAGCUGACCAGCCGGAGGAAGAGCAAACGGGAGAAGGAGACGUGACCCGGCUCCUCGCACGCGGCCUCCGGGGCUUGUCUGAAACGCGGGGGAGGGGGGCAGGGCUGUCCCCCGGGUGCUUCCUGUCCCUUGUAGCGCUCACAGUGACAGUGUGCAACCAAACCCACGCUGUGUCCGCCAGGCCGCACGUGGCGAGGGGCCUGUGGGAGGAAGGGUGGCCUCUCCGGCCCCGGCCGUGAGCUUUUCUAAGGUGACAGAUGGUGGAGGAGAGCCCCAGGCCCAGUCAGUGCCUGUUGCCCUUUCUCAGGGCGAGGGGUGAGGUGGCCCCGGAAUGCCGCGUCCCCACCCUCACUCCUGCCCUGGACCCGUCCCCCGUCCCUGAUUUCCCUCCCAGUCAAACCGAAUCCUGGGGUGCUGCCACGAGGGACAGGAAGGCUGUCCCCUUGGACAUGUGCCUGGGCACCCCCCGCCCCCGGUCUGGCGCUGGCCAGCUUUCAGCCCUUCAGGAUUACGGGGGCACUUGAAAACCCCCCUAAUGUGCCCGGAGGGUGAUGAGAAUGCUGGGCAUUUCUCCGCGGGUCCCCACGUGGCUGCCUCGCCCUUUGUUGGAGCUGUGACUUCACGGAGGCCAUUUCCGUCUGUCUCCUAUUCCCUGGUGGCUGCAGUGGCCCACCCUGACCCCCUACAGGGGAGUAGAGUGGCCCUGGCCUGUCCUGCUCCCCUGAAGUCUGGAGGUCAUGCUUGGGUGUGAUUCACGAAGCCUCCCUGGCCCUUGGGAGCCCCUCCUGGGUGCCGUGGGUGGGAACAGGGUGAACUGGCUGCUCCUGGGGUCAGACUUGGAGAGCGCUGUCCCAGACGCAGGCACAGGCCGUGCCCCUUCCUAGGUGUCCCCGUGUCCUCUGCCGGCUGUUUAUUUAGGAGACUUUCAGAUGGAUGCCUUCCCUGAGCCUCACCGUUUUAUUUGUUUCAAAGGGAUGUAAGUUAUUUAAAAUUAAAAGUGAAUGCACGCUCCGCACA